AUGUCAGAGAAUGAGAGAGGGGAGGGCGGAGAGAGCAGCGGUGGCAGCAGUGGUCGUCGGCUCCCGAGCACGUGGUGGGCGGCCCUUCUGAAAGCAGCAGGGCGUCACUUGGGUUUCGAUGAUAUAUCUCUUUCACAAUCAGAACAUGUGAACGUUCUCAGUGCAUGCACCGGUUGCAGUGCCGAGUCUUGGGUUCUGAAGGCCCUCGGCAUCAAGUUUUCGGUCGUUUCAGCCUCGGACACUGAUGCUGAUUACCGGGCUUUCGUGAUGGAGAACUUUCCCAACGAGAUUCAGCACAUGUUCUGCAGUAUAGAAGAUCAAAUAUCAGUUGCAGCAGAAAGACCUUCGAAGUGCCCUUGCUUGGCAUGCCUUGGAAACACUGAAGAAGCUGUGUAUGGCGCAACCGAUGAAACUGUAGACCUCAUGGUGUGUGGCUCCCCUUGUGACCCAUACUCCGUGCAGAGACACAAGAGGCAUUGCAACGGCAACGUGGAAAGUCAUUCACUUUUCAAUACUACUAUGCGCGACAUGGUCCGAAUGUUCGAACUUUAUUCUCCGGUCGUGGCGAUCACCGAACAGGUCCCAGGUUUCCUGCUGCCUUUCCACAAGGCUACCACAGAAACGCCGUAUGACAGGCUGCUGCUGCACAUGAAGAAGGGGAACAUGAAAUUUGGUGGCUACUUCUUGGUGAAGUUCGAGAUGGAUUCUGCUCUAUGGAUGCAGAUGUCUCGGCCCAGGUGUUACAUCAUCUUCUUCCGCAAGGACAAAUUCGAGAAAGCCCACGUGAAGCGGUUCAAGACAUUGGUUGAGGAUAUCUUGGAUUGGCUGGCUGCCAAUCAUUCACCGAGAUCUAUGACCUCGCUGAUGCUGGAAGAGUGCAGUCCUCUUUUCGCAGAGGAGUGGCAGCAGACGUACAAGCAGCGUCGGGGUGCACAGGCAGCAAGCCUGCAGGCACCGCAACAGUGGCAAGUGCAAAGCUCAAAGAUCCGUCAAGAGCUGGGAGUGGGCCAGAGCACACAGCUCUGGACAUCUCACCCUGACUUGAAACUGGCUGGCGUUCCUGAGAAUGCCAGGGUCAAAGAAGUACUAGACCUUGCAGUAUAUGGGUACCUGGGCAGUGAUUUGGCAUGUCAGUUGCUUGCAGGGCGUCAGGCAGCUGAUGCUGAGGCUUUGAAGUCCAUGUGCAGCGAGUUGUUCACAGACAUUUCACAAAAUCCUUAUCGGAAGACCUUCACUCGCAAGAACGGCCAUGCUCCAUGCAUGACCACUGCGACAUCUUUCUACUGCCAUAGCAGGGAUCGAAUGGUCCUUCCAGUGGAGAUGCUUUAUUUUCAAGGUCAUGACCUUCGGAUGAAGAUCCCGAGCCAGAUGCCCAGAAGUUCCCUCCAAAGCCUGGCAGGUCAAGGAAUUUGCUUGCCAGUCCUGGCAACUUUGGUGUUCUGCUUGCAGAACACAGACAGUUUGCCUGUGUAG